GACGGCCUGGCCGCCGGCGUCUGUACGAUGGCGACGGGCGGCCGCGGGCCUGUGGUGGCGAUGGCCGCUGGGUCCACCCUGUCGGCUGCGAGUGUGCUUCUGUUCCUCUUGCUGGUGCUCCCCCGCGUCUCACAAGCUCAGACCUUCUUUCUCCCUUUCCGGCAGCCGGAGACGUGCGGCCACAACCAAUACUUCGAUAUCUCGGCGCUCUCCUGUGUGGCGUGUGGCGCCAAUCAGAGGCAGGAUGCCCGAGGAACUUCAUGUGUGUGUCUGCCAGGAUUUCAGAUGAUCUCUAAUAAUGGACGACCUGUUAUUUGUAAAAAGUGCCCAGAACACAUGAAAGGUGUUACUGAAGAUGGCUGGAACUGUAUUUCUUGCCCUGGUGGUUUAACUGCAGAAGGAAAAUGCCACUGUCCCACUGGCUAUAUUUUAGUGGAAAGAAAUGUUAAUGGAACAUUGUUGUCUCAAGCAACUUGUGAGCUCUGUGAUAAAAGUGAAAACUCUUUUACGGCAGCAAAUGCUUUAGGAAACAGGUGUGUCCGAUGUGAACCAACAUUCAUUAAUACCAACAGGUCCUGUGCAUGUUCAGAACCUAACAUUUUAACAGGGGGAUUAUGUUUCAGCAGCACAGGGAAUUUUCCUCUACGUAUGAUUUCAACUGCACGUUAUGGAGAGCUUGGCGUAUCUUUCCCUUCAGAAUGGUUUGCAAAGUAUUUGCAGUCAUCAGCAUCUGCUUGUUGGGUGUAUGGCAAUCUAACAUCUUGCCAAGCUCUCGGAAAUAUGUGUGUAAUGAACAUGAAUUCUUAUGACUCCUCUACUUUUGAUGCAUGUGGAUUGUUGCAGGUUAUCUUUGAAAAUACUGCUGCACUGGGCACUGUUCAUUCUGUUUCCUUUUGGAGACAGAAUCUUCCAUGGCUGUUCUAUGGAGACCAGCUAGGAUUAGCACCUCAAAUACUUAGUACUACACCUCUUCCUACAAAUUUCAGUUUUAAAGGGGAAAACCAGCAGAAUACAAAACUGAAGUUUGUUGCUGCUUCCUAUGAUGUGAGAGGAAAUUUUCUCAAGUGGCAAACUUUAGAAGGAGGAGUUUUACAGCUUUGUCCAGACACAGAGACGAGACUAAAUGCUGCUUAUUCUUUUGGAACAACCUAUCAACAAAGUUGUGAGAUUCCUAUCCCUAAGAUCUUAACUGACUUUCCUAAUCCUACAUUUUAUGAUGUGUACCUUGAAUAUACUGAUGAGAAUCAACACCAAUAUAUCUGGGCUGUGCCUGUGUUAAACUUAAAUCUUCAGCACAAGAAAAUGUUUGUGAACCAAGACAGUAGUUCGGGCAAGUGGCUUCUGACUCGGCGCAUUUUCUUAGUGGAUGCACUAAGUGGACGGGAAAAUGACUUAGGAAGCCAGCCAAGUUUAAUUAGAGUCGCCACCCAAAUAUCACUGAGCAUCCACCUUGUACCCAACACAAAAAAUGGAAACAUUUACCCUCCCUUAAUUACCAUUGCCUACAGUGACAUUGAUGUCAAAGAUCCCAACAGCCAGUCUGUGAAGGUUUCUUUCUCAGUCACAUAUGAAAUGGAUCAAGGAGAAGCACAUGUCCAGACAGAUAUUGCUUUAGGUGUGUUGGGUGGACUCGCUGUUUUAUCAUCUCUUUUGAAGACAGCAGGUUGGAAGAGACGCAUUGGGAGUCCCAUGAUUGACUUACAGACAGUUAUGAAAUUCUUGGUUUACUAUGCUGGUGAUCUGGCCAAUGUUUUCUUUAUCAUCACUGUAGGAACAGGUCUUUACUGGCUUAUUUUCUUUAAAGCGCAGAAAUCUGUCUCUGUUUUGCUACCAGUGCCAGCUCAAGAAAAACGUUUUGUUACUUAUGUGGGAUGUGGUUUUGCUCUGAAGGCUCUGCAAUUUUUGCAUAAGCUCAUCUCCCAGAUUACCAUAGACAUAUUCUUUAUCGAUUGGGAGCGGCCUAAAGGAAAGGUUCUUAAAGCUGUUGAAGGUGAGGGUGGUGUUCGGAGUGCUACUGUUCCUGUAAGCAUAUGGAGAACUUAUUUUGUGGCAAAUGAAUGGAACGAAAUUCAGACUGUGAGAAAAAUUAACCCACUCUUUCAAGUACUUACUGUCCUCUUCCUUUUGGAGGUUGUGGGAUUCAAGAACUUAGCAUUAAUGGACUCAUCCUCUAGUCUUUCCAGAAGCCCACCUAGCUACAUAGCUCCUUACAGCCGCAUUUUGAGAUAUGCUGUGUCUUCUGCUCUUUGGCUGGUCAUUGGAAUUAUACAGAUUGUGUUCUUUGCUGUCUUCUAUGAGAGAUUUAUAGAAGAUAAAAUUCGACAGUUUGUUGAUUUGUGCUGUAUGAGUAAUAUAUCAGUGUUUCUGUUAUCCCACAGAUGUUUCGGCUACUACAUUCAUGGUAGAUCAGUACAUGGGCAUGCUGAUACUAAUAUGGAAGAAAUGAAUAUGAAUCUUAAAAGAGAAGCGGAAAAUUUGUGUAGCCAAAGAGGUUUGGUACCUAAUACAGAUGGUCAGACUUUUCAGAUUGCAAUUUCUAGUCAGAUGAGGCAACACUAUGACAGAAUUCAUGAGACACUAACAAGGAAAAAUGGCCCUGCUAGACUAUUGAGUUCAUCAGGAAGUACUUUUGAGCAGAGUGUAAAAGCAUAUCAUACUAUGAAUAAAUUUCUUGGCUCUUUCAUCGAUCAUGUUCAUAAGGAAAUGGACUACUUUAUAAAAGAUAAAUUGCUUCUUGAAAGAAUUCUUGGAAUGGAAUUCAUGGAACCAAUGGAAAAAAGCAUCUUUUACAAUGAUGAAGGAUAUUCUUUCAGCAGUGUUCUGUAUUAUGGAAAUGAAUCUACUCUUCUUAUUUAUGAUCUGAUGUUCUUCUGUGUUGUGGAUUUGGCUUGCCAAAAUUUUAUUUUAGCAGCCUUCCUUACAUACCUACAACAAGAGAUUUUUAGAUUUAUUCGUAAUGCAGUAGGACAGAAGAAUUUGGCAUCCAAAACACUGGUGGAUCAGAGAUUCCUGAUUUAAUUUUUUGAAUAGAUAAAGACAGUUAUAAUCAUGGCAAAAAAAAAGGUCAUGAUUAUCAAGUUAGUUUGCCAUAUUUUUUAAAACUUGUAAUACAAAUUAUUCUAUUUUUGUUUUUUAAUCUACAGGAAGAUUUAUUUUUAUAACUCAUAGAAACAUAAACUUGAUCUGUGAAUAUGUAAUAUGAUGCAAUGAAAAAUAUUGUUUUCCUGUUAUGCAUGCUAUUUAAUUCACCAGUUCGUAAACUAGAUAGCUCUGACAAUGGGACAAAAAAAAGUCUAAAUUGCUUUCAUCAUAACAUUUUUUAAAUAGUAAUCAAAACAGUCCCUAUCAUUUGUGUCUGUAAGAUUAUUUUGUAAACUAGAUUUGUGUAUAUUUUCUCACACUGAAAAAAAAAAAUUGAUUCCAGUUCAAGCCUAGUUUUCAGUUCAUUUUGUUUUACAUAUUUUAUGUUUAAAUAAAUGUUGAAAAUAUUUUCAAGUUUACUUAGAUAUUUGAAAUUGUAUGUGGGCUGACUCAAUUGCUCGCUCUGGCAGUGAACUGAUUCACUAUUGGAUUAAUAGGCAGUUUGUGAAAUGGUACAUUCUCAUUCCUUUGUUUACCUGCAUUAUUAGGUCAAUAUGCUGUUUCCAUAAAGUAUAUUUAUAUCUAUAAUAUAUAAAUAUCAUUUAUAUUAUUGAGCUGUAAUAUGUGACAUUUUCCCCAAGUUAGUUUUUUGUACAUUUUGAUUACUCAACAUUUUAAAAGCACUUCCAAACUUUUGCUUUUCAAUUGUGUUUAAAGAUUAUAAAUAACAAAUGAACUGUAAGUUAUCAUGUUAUGUGAAAGUGAUUUAUUGAAAGCAACCUUAGGCCUGAGCCACGUAGCCAGUAAUUCUCCAUGAUAUCAUUUUUUUUCCAAAAUACUCUUUAAUAAUCCUUUUCAUUGUGUACUAUGAACUUGAAGGUCACCUUAUUCAAGUAUAAUGGUCAUUAAUGCCCAAAGCAACAUUUCUUUCUGCCUUCUGGUUAAUGCUGUGUAAAUACUUAAAUGUAUUGCUAUGUAAAUAUUGUUUAUAUUACUAAAUUGAAAAUACAGAAUAAAACAUUUAGUGUUUCUC